CACGUUUCUGCUCUGUGCAGCGUGAUGCUCCUACAGCCUUCAAACAUCCUUAAGGGCUUCACUGCUGCGCUCCUAGAGAAGGACUUUUUAUGUGAAACAAUAAACACGGCUUACUUGACCACCGAACUGCGGGACUGUUUGGAAAAAGUCCACCCCAAAGUCGCCAGUUUAUUUUCCGUCGUCGCAAGGAAGCCAUCAACGUGCAGCUGCCAGAGCACUCCUGGUACCCUGACUCCUAUGAGCGGCGCAUCCUACAGCGGGAAUAAAAAACCGUGUGAAAUUCAUCCUCAAAUGAAUAACGAUCCUCAGAGUCUGAAUGUGGGGAUGAAUUCUCAAGACUACGAACUUCUUCGCGAGUUUUUCGACGAUGAAGAACUGAAGCUCUUGGAUUUGUCGAGACUGGGCGCUCUGGAGGCUAAGGAUCUGUCGCAUGUCUGUAUCGUCUACGCGGGUCGUUGGCCGUGGAGUGCCGUGCUGCCAGCUGACAUCGUGCAGCACUACAACUCAGUGCUGCACUUCUGCUUCCGUCUGCAGCAACCGCUGCAUGUGCUGCACGCUCUUAACUUUAAAGACAUGCGCACAUAUGAGGUGGUCGCCAGUGCCCCCGCCGACACCUCCCCGGACGAUGGCCCCCUCAGGAGCCGCCUCCUGAGGCUGCAGCUACUGCGGCACUGGCUACUGCAUUUCUGCCGCGCCCUUCACGAUCACUUCACCACCGUCGUCAUCCUGCCCUUCAAGCACGCCCUUCAUCAACUCCUUUCCUCCAGACCUCCACUUCAACACUUCCUCACUGAACACGCGCGGCUGGUGACAGAGCUGCGUCAACGUUGCCUCCUCAGCGGCGGCGACUCGGAGUCGCCAGCACAACUUGCCCUCAAGCAGGUGGUGUGGGUGGUGCAGGAGGUGGGGGGUGCGUGGCGUAGGGGAGGGUGUGGGCAGGCUGAGCUGUGCAGGCUGGAGGCGAGCUACGCGGCCUGCCACCGCUUCCUGCUGCGCCUCAUAACAGCGCUGGCCAAGACGGCGGACCAGUACCAGCAUCUGACGGCGCUGGCGACGGUACUAGGAAGUAGUUGCCCAAUCAACGUGUAAACCAUCACUGCGAGCGAAGCAUACGAAUUUAAAUAAUGAAAGAUUUCCACAAAUAUUUUAUUCAUUUGCGAUGUUUAUAACUUGAUAA